CGCUCUCCGAACAUUUCUCUGCGAAACAAAAACACCCAGAAUGGCUGCCACCUUCAAGAACAUCAAGGCUCUCCAGCCUCUCCUCGACCGGGUCCUCGUCCAGCGAUUCAAGCCCGAGACCAAAACCGCCUCUGGUAUCUUCCUCCCUUCCUCUACCACCCAAUCUCCUCUCCCUGAAGCCACCGUCAUCGCUGUGGGCCCCGGUGCUCGCAACAAGGACGGCGACGUCACUCCCGUCUCUGUCAAGCCCGGAGACAGGGUUCUUUUGCCUGGAUGGGGUGGUAGCCCUAUCAAGGUCGGCGAAGAGGAGUUCCAUCUCUUCAAGGACGCCGAGAUCCUCGCCAAGAUCAACGAGUAAACAAGCACUGGCUCUCUAGUGUGUAGUACAUGCAAGCAUGUAGACCGUCUUGGGUUUUUGGAUAAUCUCGAAAGGGCGUGCCGGGCAGACGAUGGGAUGCGAGAUGAAAAUAACAGUGUCAGCAGUCAACAUAAUGCAUAGUUCAUACCCCGCUCAACCGUCUCGUAUUGUGUAUGGUCAUGCUACGUCGCUGAAAGUGU